CAAAGAACAGCACCGAGAGGGGAGGACGGGCCCCGUUAUAAGCACGAGCACUGGCUAUUCAGCAGCUUAGCAAGCUUAGUGCCGGUUCCACGAUCCCUACCGGUAACACAGGGUCCCAAACAUCCGUGGAUCCUCUCCUCGUUUUUCCCCUCUCGACAGUGGUUUCCGUUUUCUCCGCGAUGAAAAUGAACCGACUCCAUCGAGCGUCGUCGGAAACGAAACUGUUACUACUCGUUGUGCACACUGUCAUCGCGAUUUCGACGAUCACUGGUACUAUUUACGCUGAUCCAAAAAGUAAAUCGAUCGACUUCCAGUCAUCAUUAGAAGAGGUCCAUCGGGGAGAGGAUGAUGACAACGCGGUAAUCGUUGAUGCCGCCAGUAACGCAGAUAUCCAAACCGAGACGAGAGAUAGUCGUGGUAUACUGUGGAAUGGAAUCCCCAACAGCGAUACUUGCCUGACAUCAAAAGGAGAGAUUGGUCGUUGCACCAGCUUCAAAGAAUGUUAUCCAUAUUUCAAAAUUCCCGAUUUGAGCGCUCUAGAUGGCUGGGUUCUUGGUGUUUACGACACCUGCAGCUACGUAAGUGGGAACGGAGAAAUGAAUUUUGGAAUCUGUUGCUCCAAUAUACUUCCGGUCGUUACACCACAGUCGAGCGACGAUUCCACUAUAGGAAAUAAUCAGGAAAGCAACGACAAUGGGGAGGAAGAGAUGGCCGCAAAACCAAGGCCGCAGAACCCAGGUUCCUGGCCGCCACCGAUCCCAACGCAUCCACCUGAUCACACCAUACCACCGCUACCCACUCAUCCACCGUAUCUAGAAUUACCUACGUUCUCGACGAUAAAACCAGUUUCCACAUCGAAAAAACCUGAUAUUGCGACGACCUGGCCAACGAAGAAACCUGCCUGGUGGCCAAAUGUACCAACUGUAUCGACGACCACUGAAAAACCAUCGGCAACUAUUUCGAGCAUCGAUAUGUCUCAAUGCGGUGCAAAGAACGGUAUCCAGGAUCAGGAGAGAAUCGUAGGUGGUCAGAAUGCUGACCCUGGCGAGUGGCCUUGGAUCGCGGCACUCUUCAACGGUGGCCGACAAUUCUGUGGUGGUUCACUCAUCGACAAUAAACACAUUCUCACUGCAGCUCAUUGUGUUGCCAACAUGAAUUCCUGGGACGUAGCAAGAUUAACGGUCCGUCUUGGGGAUUACAAUAUCAAAACUAACACGGAGAUCCGACAUAUCGAACGACGAGUGAAACGAGUAGUCAGACAUAGAGGCUUUAAUGCACGCACUCUGUAUAACGAUAUUGCACUACUCACACUCAAUGAACCCGUUUCAUUCACGGAACAAAUACGACCCAUCUGUCUGCCGAGUGGUUCGCAGUUGUAUUCUGGAAAAAUUGCUACAGUCAUUGGUUGGGGUUCCUUGAGAGAAAGUGGACCACAACCAGCAAUACUUCAAGAAGUUUCCAUACCUAUUUGGACAAAUAGUGAAUGCAAAUUAAAAUACGGUGCCGCAGCACCUGGCGGUAUUGUAGAUAGUUUCUUGUGUGCAGGACGAGCUGCGAAAGAUUCUUGCUCGGGUGAUAGUGGUGGUCCUUUGAUGGUCAAUGAUGGUCGUUGGACACAAGUUGGUAUUGUCAGUUGGGGUAUUGGAUGUGGUAAAGGUCAAUAUCCUGGCGUUUAUACUAGAGUAACGCAUUUCCUGCCUUGGAUUUAUAAAAAUGUGAAAUAAAACUCAGAUUAGUCUUAAUCAGUUUUUUACCAUUGUCAUCCUCGCAUCAUCAAAGCCAACAUCAUAUAAUAUAAAAUUAAGAAUCAUUUACUAAAAAAAUUUAUAUAUAAAUAAAAAUGAAAAUUUUUAUUCCUAUAAUUUAUUCUUAUGCAAUUUGUUUUAUGAACUGUUAUCAUUAGCAAAAUAAAUAGCAAAACAUGUUCAUCUAGGAACAAGUGAUGACACAAAAAUUUUAAAUUGUAACAAAAUAUUUUAUAAUACUAUACAUAUACAACUAUAUAAAAAAUAGUUUAUACAA